CUUGUGACUUCCUCUGCUACAUUAUAUAUACGUACGAACGGUUGUUUUACUAGUAUUAGAAAGUUUUUAAUACAUAAUGUAGUAACAAGAGUUCGAAAUAAGAAUACGGGUUUAAUAUGUGUAUCGAGAACUCCGAAUGUUACAGAAUUUAAAAGAAAAUCAUUGUCUUAGUACUCUUACUCAGCGUCAACACCGGUAAGGCCAAGGGGGUGGGUCACCACUGUUACAGAAAUAAAAACGUUAUAUUGUUGUUCGUAGAAAAUUAGGUAUGAUUAGUAUUGAAUUGUUACAAAUGAUAUUUUUAACUUGAAAUAUAAUCUGCACGACGCUUUUGAUUGAAAUACACUUUACUCAUUGGGAGCGUCAAGGAAAAUGGCUGAUUUCUUGGCUGAAAACAACCCGUGUGGACAGAACAUUUUGAAGCUUGUGGCUCGAGGGAAUUCUAUCAUAGCGGAACUGUUGAGACUUUCAGAGUUCAUACCUCCUGUGUUUCGCCUUGACAACCAGUCAGACAAGCUUAGAUAUGGAGAACUCAUCAGUGACUUUAGCUAUUUCCGAAAUCUGGAAUAUUUUGAAAACAAAAUCGAAUCAAAAGUUGAACUGCAAGACUUGGAUCAGGAGUUUAAUGACAACAACAUUGAGAUAUUGACAAGGUUCUAUCAGGCGUUCGCAAGUGUUCACAAAUAUGUUACAGAUUUGAACAGAUUUCUUGAAGAUUUAGAAGAAGGCGCAUAUAUCCAACAGACUUUGGAAAGUGUUCUUUUAAACGAUGAUGGAAAACAGCUUAUGUGUGAAAGUCUGUUCCUGUACGGCGUGAUGUUACUAACUAUAGACAUGAAGAUAGAAGGAGUCAUCAGGGAGCGCAUAUUGGUGUCGUACUACAGAUACAGCGCCCAGAAGGCUGCAGCAGCAGAUUCCAGUAUAGAUGAUGUCUGUAAACUCCUCAGAAGUACAGGGUAUAGUAACUCUGCCGGUGCCAAACGGCCACAAAACUACCCAGAAUCCUACUUUAGUCGUGUUCCUUUUCCUGACGAGUUCAUCAACAUGGUGAUUGGUCGUCUACGAUCAGACGAUGUAUAUAACCAGAUUUCGGCAUAUCCCCUUCCUGAGCAUCGGUCGACUGCCCUAGCCACCCAGGCCAGCAUGCUGUAUGUCAUUUUGUACUUUGAGCCGGAGAUUCUACAAAACCAACAAGCUAAGAUGCGGGAGAUUGUAGACAAGCACUUCCCUGACAACUGGGUAUUGGGGGUAUACAUGGGUAUGACGGUCAACCUUCUGGAUGCUUGGUCACCCUACCGGGCGGCAGUCACGGCCCUUAACAACACGCUAGAGCCAGCAAAUGUCCGCGAACAAGCAACAAAGUAUGCUACAAAACAGGUGAAGUUGAAGCAGCCACUAGACAAAUACCUAAAGGAGGGGGUGCUCACGGAGGAGUUUGUGCUGGAUAGCAUCCCGAAGAUGAUGAACGUGAUGCGAGAGGCAAACGUCACCGUUCGUUGGCUCAUGUUACAUACCGCACCUCUCUCCCUUAGUGCAGAUGCGAAUAAACGGUGCCGUUUGUUACGAGAGCAGGUUGUUACUGAUGCAAAAUACAACCCGCUCCAAACAUUCCAGCUUCUCCUCAACAUCGGGCAGUUUGAGUUCAAACUAAAAGAGAUGUUUAAGCAGAUGUUAGUAGACAAGGAGAAAAAGUGGGAGGAACACAAGAAGGAGGGUAGUGAGAGAAUCCAGGAACUGAGCGAGGUUUUCUCCGGAAGCAAACCUCUUACCAGAGUGGAGAAAAAUGAUAACUUACAGAACUGGUUUGGUGAAAUGGCCAAGCAGAUCACAUCUCUCAGCUUUGACGAUUCCACAUCAGCUGGGAGGAAGAUAGUUCAGUUAAUACAGGCCCUAGAGGAGGUGCAAGAGUUCCAUCAGCUCGAAAGUAACCUACAGGUGCGUCAGUUUCUGGCAGAUACCAGAAACUACCUACAUCAAAUGAUACGAACCAUCAACAUCAAAGAGGAGGUGCUCAUCACCAUGGAGAUAGUGGCUGACCUCUCCUAUGCCUGGGAAAUCAUUGAUGGGUACACCGAGUACAUGCAGCAGGGCAUCAAGAGGGAUCCGUCUCUUGUCAUCAAACUCAGGGCUACCUUUCUCAAGAUGGCCUCAGCACUAGACUUACCACUUAUGAGGAUAAACCAGGCAAUGAGCAAGGACUUGGUCAGUGUAUCACAGUACUACUCAGGAGAACUGGUGGCCUACGUCAGGAAAGUCCUUCAGAUCAUUCCUCAGACAAUGUUUGGGCUGUUGUUCAAAAUCAUCAGUAUGCAGACCAAUCAGAUAAAAGAGGUACCAACUCGCCUGGAGAAAGACAAGAUGAAGGAGUUCGCCCAACUUGACGAAAGAUAUGAGGUAGCGAAACUGACUCAUUCGAUUUCCGUGUUUACGGAGGGAAUACUGAUGAUGAAAACAACCCUAGUUGGUAUUAUUAAGAUUGACCCUAAACAGCUGUUGGAGGAUGGAAUCAGGAAAGAACUUGUCCAACAAGUGGCUUUAGCUCUCCAUAAGGGACUCAUGUUCAAUCCUAGGGCAAAGUCCAGUGAGUUACUGCCACGCUUGCUGGACUUAGGGGAGAGGAUGGAUGGCUUCAGACGGUCAUUUGAGUACAUACAGGAUUACGUCAACAUCUACGGCCUGAAAAUCUGGCAAGAGGAAGUCUCGCGUAUUAUCUACUACAACGUAGAACAAGAGUGUAACAGCUUCCUGCGGACAAAGGUUUUAGACUGGCAGAGUGUGUACCAGUCCACUGCUAUUCCCAUCCCACGCUUCCAGCCCGUCGACGAGAGCGUUAACUUUAUAGGCAGACUGGCACGGGAGAUAAUUAGAAUCACAGAUCCCAGGGUGACUUGCUACAUUGACCAGAUGAAGUCCUGGUAUGAUCUGAAGACAAAGCAAGAGCUUGUCAACAGAAACUUGUUUCAGCAGCUACAGAGGGCUGUGGGAAGCUUUGGACUGGCUGGUCUGGAUCGUCUACUCUGCUUCAUGAUUGUGAAGGAAUUACAGAUUUACCAGCAGAUGUUUAAGCGUAACCUGAUGAAUCCUAAGGACCGUUCCUUAUACGAGACAUUUGCAGCGUAUUCCAAGGGACUGAACCCAGUCUCGAAUGUUAUCAGUCAGCCACAAAAAACCUAUGCACAGAUGAUGUCCAAGACGUCACGCCUUUGGCAGCCGUUUUUAGAUAUAGUGCUAAAGGUGGGCCAAAUGCAGUUACUGAGGAAGCAAAUCCAACAUGAACUAAGCACAUCUUGCAAGUUUGACUCGAAAUUCCUGGCCACCAGUCUCCAGACCAUGAACACUGCCCUAUUGGCAGACAUAGAGAGGCAUUACCAGGACCCCACUCUCCCCUACCCCAAGGAGGAGAACCCACUCAUGUUUGAGUUGGCAGCCUAUCUAGAGUCUGCGGGACUUCACAACCCUCUCAUGAAGAUUUACAUCACUACAGAGAGAUUGCCGUGUUUCUCCAUAUUUAACUUCCUGCUGGUGGUGUCCCACCUCCCCAAACUGGCCUACAGCAAGUCACUCAGUGGUAUGAUCAGUAAGAAGCUGACGGACCCACUCGACGGACCAGCCUUCGUGACGGGAUGUGUGACUCUUCUAAAACAGUUCCAUUCAGAGAGUACAAGUCACUUCCUAGCCUACCUCGGACAGUAUGUUCGUUCCAUAGUAGAGGUUCUGCCGGGUUCGAAGUCUCAGGAUUCACCACAAGAUGUUUUGAACACUCUGGUCUUCUUGGAGGAUUUCCUGUUUUACAGUGGUCUGUCUAGAAAGGCUCUUGACGCCCAUGUGCCAAUCUACAUAUUUGAUGAGUUUAGGAGCCAGUUCUCCCAGUGAUGAUAAUGAGUUGUGAACAUUUACCGGUUUUACUGUGCAAUAUAAAGAGAACAAAAGGCAUCAGGUUACGCCUAUAAAGUACAUGUACAUGAAAUACACAAAUCACUCUGGAAAACUUGUGAUUGAUUUCCAAUCUCCUGGAACAUUGUUUAAGUAUAUGUCAUAAGAACAGUUUUGAGCUUACUAUAAUGAUACGUUCCAAUAUCAAGCGCUGUCACACAAAUGAAAUAUAAAUGAAUGACCAUCCAAACUAUUUCUUAAAACAAAUGUCACUGUAAGUCCCAAUAUUUUGUCCUCCUGGCCUUCUUUGGAAGUAGAGGAAAUGACAUACAGAAAUUGUGAUUUGAUUUAGACAUAUUUUAUUUGUCACUCAACAAAAAGGAUUAGGUACAAGUUAUCUCAACUUAGAAAUGCCCUCUCCAAAUAGAAAUUGUGAUGUCACAAUGACUUGUUGAAACUAUGACGUCAUAAUAGCACGCCAUCAGAAUCACAAAACGCCAAGACAAUGUCGAGAGCUAAGCCUCUCCCAUCAGCAGUUUUUGUCUCGCCGUGAAGAAGUAGCGGAAGCGAGACUAAGGUGUCAACAUUAAGUUUUUGUGUUCAAGUUAGAUUCACUGAAAGUAUAAGUGC